AUGACGACACCACGAUGCUUCAUCGUUCGGCACGGCGAGACUGAGUGGUCGCUGAACGGACGACACACAGGCACGAGCGACAUCCCGUUGACGAAGAAUGGCGAGAAGCGAGUCCGAGCCACUGGGCGUGCCCUUGUUGGCCCAGACAGAUUGAUCGUACCUAGCCAGUUGGUUCACAUCUACGUAUCCCCACGCCAGCGCGCACAAAGAACCCUCGAGCUGCUCAACCUAGGCUGCCAUGAGCCCUACCCAUGGCAAACCGUCGCCGACAAGGACAAAUCCACCGCAGAAGAACCCUCACCAUACCACACAAGCGCCCCCGUAACCAUCACACCCCACAUCGCUGAAUGGGACUAUGGCGACUACGAGGGCAUCACAUCCGCCGAGAUCCGCGCGCUCCGCAAAUCUCAGGGUCUCGGUCCCUGGGACAUCUGGCGCGACGGGUGUCCCGGCGGCGAGAGCCCCGAGGAUAUCAUCUCGCGCGUGGACAAGCUGAUCGCCGAGAUCCGUGAGAAAUACCACGGCCCUGUCAUCGGCAAGCCGAAGCAGCCGGGCGUCACGGGCGACGUCAUGGUCGUCGGCCAUGGCCAUAUUCUGAGGGCGUUUGCAAUGCGUUGGGUUGGCAAGCCGCUUACGGAGACGGCGUUGAUUAUGGAUGCGGGGGGUGUUGGGACGUUGAGUUACGAGCACCAUAAUAUCGAGGAGCCGGCGAUCCUGCUGGGUAGUGGCUUUGUCGUUGGUGAUUAG